GAGAGUCUUUCAUGCUUACAGAUAUUGGCUUUAUUGAAAAACUAGCUUUAAGUGCUUGUAUUGUAGCGACGAUGCUCUGUUAUUAGUGAGAAUUCCAAUACAAAGAUGUAAUGAAGGAACAUUAUUGGAUUUAUAUUGUAAGUACAUGACGGAUUAAUAGUGAAAUGGACAUUAUAAUGGACCUGACAUGGAAGUGAAAAAUAUCAUGUCAAGAAUGAUAAAUGUUAGCUUGUUCAUAUGUCUGUCUAUUUUCGUGUCUAGUGUUUCGUUAUUGAACGACACGGACGUUUACUUGUAUCAGCUGUUAAAUAUUACAGAUACAAAUAGAUCUGAACGAGGAGUAUUGUCACAAGUAGGAAAUUUGUCUACUGUAUCUGAUCGCAAUGUGUCAAAUGGAAAAAUUUUUUACGCCUCGAAAACAACAGAGAAUAUAUUCAAAGCAGAUGACUCAGACACAGAAAGAAAUAGAGAUUACGUGAAAGAACCAUUGAAUGAUUUAGACAAAUUUGAUAUGUUUAAUUAUAAGAAUAAAUCAACUAAUGAUUUAGGAAGAACAAAUACAGAAACCCCAGUACACAUUAUGGCAUCAUUGUCAUUAUCUGAUUCUGAAUCAAGAACCGAAACGACAAUCCAGACGAGGAGAAAUAAUCAAUUGAAUUAUACAGUUCCUCCAGGAACAGAUACACGAAAUAAUCGGUCUAACGAACAUUUUAGAGUGAAUCAGACAGAUAUGAUGACUACAAUAAAGAAUUUUCUAAAAUCAAAUUUCACUUCUGUUCGGACUUCUACAGAACGCACUGUAGAGAAACAAAAGUCAUCUGAAUUUACAACAUUAUCGGAAGAACAAUAUCAAAAUGUAACAAAAGUAAUUACAUUGAAUAAAGAAGAUACGACGCUAAAUCAUGGUCAGAUGGGAACUACCAUUCAUGAAGAAAGUCCAUCAACAGCAACAAUUAAGUACUCUGAACAUCAAUCUCCAAAUCGAGCACAGCAUCGCCAUCCAAUGCACCACUUAAGCUUAGUACCUAUAGAGGAUGGACCAUUUGGAAGUCUUAUAUGGAAGGAUAAAAAGUAUCUUAUUAGUGUUUUGAUACCGAUAGUAAUAGGAAUUGUAGGAGCUGCUUGUAUCAUCGGAAUGACCUAUACUGCCAGAUACUGUCAGAAAUAUGAAGCCAAAAUAAGAGAUAUACGAUCGACAAUGAUUCAACAGACACCAGCAAGCAACGAUCAGAUCGUUUUGCUGACAGAUUCUUCGGACGAAUUAUGACAAUAGAAGACCCUGAAAGUUUCUCUUACCUAUAAAUAUCAGAAAUAUUGUAUCUGUAAAUAUAUAUUAACUUAUAAUAUCUGUAAAUGGUAUUCGAGUUGCAAGAUUGAAGGAACGAUACAGUAGUGUUUACAUCUGUGCAAAUUGAUGUUUCUAACGAAAAACAAUCAUAACAUUGAAUGAUAUGAUAAUCAUAAACAUGUUUAUACGUCGUUUUUGAAAUGUGUAUUCGAAGCAUCUGGCGUUAAAUAUAUCAAUUAGACAUUGAUUAGCAAAGAAGGAGUUCUUAAGAAAUUAAUUUCUGUUUGAUAAGAUUAUAUCAUAUAGAGUAGAUAAAUCAUUACUGUAAGCAAAGACAAUUUAACCUUGAAACGCAGCUUAUUCUUAUUUUUUCACACUCCUGAACAUGCAGAGGUUGCAAUUACAUAAGGAAUUUAGAACACCAAACUCAAAAAAUUUGAAACCCACACGGAUGUAUAAAUAGCAAGUCAAAGAGAAGCGAAAUAUACCGCAGGGACUUUAAAAUGUACAAGUAUAAAUUUAAAAAAAUAAAAAUGUACAAGUACAGAAGCACUAGCCAUUUGGCAGAUGGUAAAUUUUUGUAUAAAGUUUCUCAUAAUCAAUUCUGAAAUAGAAUAAUGGGUUAACGUUGGAAUAGCAAGAGUUCAAGUUUUCUUUACAUGUCCAAUUAAUGUGUUGUUUGAAAGUUUUAUCACUGAAAAACAAUUUAAACGACUGUGACAUCCAGCAUUAUUGAAAGACCAUUUUAUCUAAUUUAAUAUGAAAUUUUCAUUUAUUUAAAAUAAAUCCCAUGCUGUUUGAUAAGAUUGUGUGGUAGUGUAUUACUCAUACAAUCUGAUUAAAAUACAGAGGAUUGUGCUAUCAUUGUAAGCGAAACCUGGACACACGAGUUGUUUCAAUCACAAUGUAUAUCAUACUGAGUACAGAUAUCAUUAAUGUAAGCAGAUACAAAUUGGCAUCAGAAACGUAGCUUAUCCGUACUUUUUUUAUACUCCUGAAGAAGUUAAAACCGCAAGACACAUAAGCCUAAUGGCAACAUUUUAAAACAAGUUCCUUAACGGUUGUAAGCGCACAGAUUAGAAGAAUCUAAACAUAUGUAUUUUAACAUAUUUAUUGAUGCAGAUGAACGGUUUCGUAUGUAAUUAGUAGCCAGUACAUCAAUAAAAGUAAAUACAUUAAGAAGCAAUGUUUUUAGCAAAGCUAACUUUGUUUGAUAUCUUAAGUCCACAUGUAUAUUUGUGUGUAUUUGUCAAGUUAUCGGGGAAAAAAUGAGUCUGUUGUCCUAUAAAUUAAAAA